AUUAACAUAAACAGGAAGUUGACGGUCCACCUCGACCGAAGUUGACAACUUUUUUGCAGAAUCAGAAGAUAGAAAAGAGUUGUCAUUUGUAAGAUUAUUUUCAGCUGUAAAAGCUGUGAUGGCAGGUUACCCAGGUGCUCAAGGAAAUUUCCAGGCGGGAACGGCUGCAGUUCCAGCAUCUCAAGUCGAAAUAACUAUAUCGUGCAGGGGAUUGAAGGAUGCUGAUUUGUUUUCCAAGUCUGAUCCAAUGUGUGUCCUCUAUACGAAAGAUAAGAAAACAGGGUCAUACUAUGAGGUUGGGCGGACAGAGAUGAUAAAAGAUACUCUAGACCCAGACUUCGUGAAAAAAUUCACAAUGCAGUACUUCUUUGAAGAAUCUCAAAAAUUGAAGUUUGAAAUAUAUGAUGUAGAUUCUAAUACAGUGAGACUUGAUGCCCAUGAUUUUUUAGGACGAUUUGAAGGAACGUUAGGAGAAAUUGUUGGAUCCCCAGGAGGAAAAAUAGAAAAACCUUUAACAAUACAGAAUUACCAAAAAGGACGAAUUAUAAUUAGAGCUGAAGAAAUGAGUAGCUGUAAGGAAGUAGUCACUCUACAAUUUAAAGCCAUCCAUUUAGAUAAGAAGGACUUUUUUGGUAAAUCAGAUCCCUACCUGGUGUUUUACAGAGCUAAUGAGGACAGCAGCUAUACCAUUGUACAUAAAACUGAAGUUAUAAAGAAUACACUAAAUCCAACAUGGAGACCCUUCACCGUGCAGGCCAGAGCUUUGUGUAACGGCGACUACGAUAGGUCUAUUAAGGUUGAAUGCUAUGACUGGGAUAGUGAUGGAAGUCAUGACUUCAUUGGAGAAUUCACCACCAACAUGAGGGAGCUGAGCCGAGGUCCUGGCUCCAGUAACCAAUUUUCUUCUGCCCAGUGGCCGGUGAUCAAUCCGAAGAAAAAGGCCAAGAAGAGAAAAUAUACCAAUUCAGGGGAGGCCAUACUGAUGUCCUAUAAGAUGGAGAUCCAACAUUCCUUCCUGGACUACCUACAGAAUGGUGGUACUGAGAUGAGCUUCACUGUGGCUGUGGAUUUCACUGCCUCCAAUGGAAACCCAUCCUCUCCAACCUCUCUUCACUAUCUCAACCCAUAUGGAGCUCCGAACCAGUAUGCAGCUGCUAUACAGGCAGUAGGGGAGAUAAUUCAGGACUAUGACAGUGACAAACUGUUCCCUGCCUUAGGAUUUGGGGCCAGGAUGAGCGAUGGGAGUGUACAUCAUGAAUUCGCUCUGAACUUCAGCCCGACCAAUCCAUUCUGUCAAGGUGUACAGGGGAUCCUACAGGCUUACUAUAACUCACUGAAGAAUGUACAACUUUAUGGGCCGACGAACUUCGCCCCAGUAAUCAACCAUGUGGCCAGGUUUGCCACAGCAGUGCGGGAUGGUUCUAACUAUUUUGUAUUACUGAUUAUCACUGAUGGAGUUAUCACCGACAUGCCUCAAACCAUGCAGGCCAUAGUCAAUGCGUCUGGGUUACCAAUGUCAAUCAUCAUUGUAGGGGUAGGAGAUGCAGAUUUUGAAGCCAUGGACACACUGGAUGGGGAUGAUGUCAGAUUAUCGUACAACGGCAAGCAGGCAGUCAGAGAUAUUGUACAGUUUGUGCCAUUCAGAGACUUCCUUCGGGGUGGUAACAGUAGCAGUAUGCAGAUGUGCCAGGCAGCUCUAGCCAAGGAGGUGUUAGCUGAGAUCCCAGACCAGUUCCUCUCCUAUAUGAAGGCCCACAACUUCAAACCUAGACCACCAGCAGAUGGACCCCACUGAUACAACUCUGCUGUGAGACAUCUGGGCUCAGUGAUUUAGUCAAACUGUUCCCUCUCUGCUUGGUGACUUUGGGGUUCGCUGACUUUGGGGUUCGCUGACUUUGGGGUGGCUGACCUUUGGGUGGCUGACCUUUGGGUGGCUGACCUUUGGGUGCCUGACCUUUGAGUUCGGUCACUUGGGGAGGGGGGUGAUAACUUCUGGGUACAGGUUCUUUUGAGCUCUGUCUCUUGGAAUUGCUGUGACUUUGAGUCUAAAAGACCUCAUUGUUGUAACUUCUAUUUUGUAACUUUUCUGAUCUCUCUAUUUGUACUCUGUAUUGAUAUAAGAUAUGAGGGACCUAAAACACUGUCUAUUGCUCAAAUGAAAUAUUUCAAUAAUAAUUACUCGAUUUAUAUUCUGAUCUUCUUUUCUAAUCUGUAGUCACUCACUUGUAUACUUGUAUUCAGUAAAUAUAUAUUUAUAUACAAAGUUUAACAUUAGAUCUAGUAAGACUAGGAUUACUGGUCUAUAUCGGACCGGUAGACCGGUCUAUAUCGGACCGGUAGACCGGUCUAUAUCAGACUGGUCUUUAUCGGACUGGUAGACCGGUCUAUAUCAGACUGGUCUAUAUCAAAUGAUUGAUGACAGUCUUUGUUCAGGGUAUUUCAAUGAUAACUACAGCAGUAUGGUGAAAUAUUACAAUCACCAAAUAUUUUAAUCAAUUUGUGGUGCUCUGUAGGAUUAUAAAGCAAUAUUAUACGAAUGUAUCUGACAGGUUAAUUGUCGAUCACUUUAUUAUCAUUUUAACUAUUCAGAAUAGAAUAACAUAUAUCUUAGUGGGAUCUACUCUCAACUAUGACAAAUGCUACUGUAUCUCAACCAUCACAUAUACCACUGUAUCUCAACCAUCAUGGUUGCCUCUGGGAAGGGGGUAAACUUUACUAUAGUAAUAGCUUAUAUAUGGGAAUUUUUUUACUAUCAAUUGUUUGAUUUCUGUUGGAGUUCAUUCUACCUUAAUUUACGUUAUCAGCCUGGGAUGACAGUCUGAUGGUGUACACUUGUUGGCCCUGACUGACCACCAGGGGCUGAUGGUGUACACUUGUUGGCCCUGACUGACCACCAGGGGCUGAUGGUGUACACUUGUUGGCCCUGACUGACCCCCAGGGGCUGAUGGGUAGAAUCAAUAUGAGUCAAAUCAACUGAAAUAUUUCAAAACUCAGGUGACCAUUAAUGCCCAUGUUAUUUGCAUGCUACUAACUUCCGAUACAAAUUCAUACUUACCAGUACCUGUCUUAACAAAUUGGAAUCUUUUUAAUAAGACAUGUUUUAUAUAAUAUGUGCAUAUCAUAGUGUUCAUUGAAUGUCAUUAUGGUCUGUAUUAGUUAUAAAAUAUCUCUUCAAAUGUUUGCCCCUAUGGGGUUGUGUUUUAGCUUUUCAAUUACAACAUUUGGAUUGUGAUAGCAAUGAUUAUAGUGAAUUAGAAAACAAAUUUUGAAAAAUUGUAACAAUGUAUUCAUUGAUAACUUAUCGUUGAUAUGACACUGUUUAUUUACAUUGAUAUAUACAUUAUAUUUUAUUCCUGUUUAUGUUGCAAUAAUAUAUGAAAUUGAAUUUUAUUUUGUUUACUGUGGAAGACAAAUAGGGUUCACACAAUUAUCAUAAUAUUUAGUGUUUUUAGAACUUUUAUUUCUUAAACCUGGUUAGUGGUUUUAAUAAACUAUCAAUUAAUAUAAUAAUUAAAUAUAUCUGGUGUUUUACAUGUGUUUUAUUUACACACAUUUUAUAUAUGAUGAAGUAAAUUAUGUUUUGAUGUUGGUGUUGAACUGCUAGAUACUGUGUAAUAGAGACAUGUAUUAGAUUGUAUAAUAUAUAUUACAUAUAUCUCAUUAGUCCCGAAAUAAACCCCACUCAAAUUCAUUUUCCUUAAAGACUUCUGAGAGUAACAUUGAUUUUAUUUAUGAUGUUGGACAAGUAACACAUUUGUCGAUGUUUAUGACAUGAGGGUAUGACAUGGUAUUACAGGUCAGUGAUAUGUGAAAUAAUACAAGAUUAUACAUACAAUGAUUUAGGUAGUGACUGAUGUUUAAAUAUGAUAAAAUUCUAUUUACAGUCGAACCCAUUUAUAUUGAAAUGCUCGGGGAAUGGAAAAAUACUUCAAAUUAACUGGUUUUCAAUAUAACCGGGAUCCAGCCUUUUGCCGACAUAUUUAAGUACCGCGCUACGUCAAACAACACACCAGUGUUCAAUAUAGUUGAUUUUACUUAGUCAGUAUUUACAAUCAGUUCCAAAAUGAUAAUAGUUUCACAGUUUAUUAAAAAUAAUGUUAAAUUCGACGGGAGAAGUCUUCGACUGUUGCUUGUUUUUUGUUUAUGUUGAGUUCGAAUUCGCGGACACAUGUGAGAACAGUUUCCGGUACAUCCCGGCUACUUUCCAAGAAACUACCGUCUGAAAUCGGACAUGUGCGUCGAUGAUAGAUGGAUUUUCACGAAUUGUUUGAGGGUCGUUGUCAAUAUCACUGUUCUGGUUACGUUGUUAUCAUUUUCUGUCGAAUCCCUAAGAAUGGCCUCGUCAUUUGUUAUUGUCUCGCGUGUAGUUAAAUGAGUGUCAAUUUCGAUGUAUAUAUGUAGCAGAAGCCUAAAUAAGCUGUGUCCCUCAUGGUAUAUUCGUAAACAAAUAAUUAAAAGUCACAAUUUAAUUGUAUUGUGUAAAUCAGAAUUUCAUUUUUACCUAUCUAUUGAUCGGACGCACGUACCGUAGCGGCUGGUAAUUAUAUAAUCUAAGCCAGUCGUGGCGACUUUCAAUUUAAGCGAUACAUAAACAAUGGUUUAGCAUUGUUGGGGGCAAUAAUUUCCUUUCAAAUAAAGCGAUAUUUCAAAUAAACCGAUUUCAAAAUAACCGAUGAAACAAUACAAAGACAAAGAAGGCAUUUGGACGGGAUUUUAUUUCACUUCAAAUUAAGCGAUAUUUCAAUAUAUCCGAUUUCAAAUUAAGUGGGUUCGACUGUAUUUUAAUAUUCGCUUUUGUUACAAAAUAACACUCUACAUAAACUAGUGGCUUUUUCACUCAUUUAAAUUGAUAUACAUCUAAGUUCUCUCUGUAACUUGUUAAAAUGUACGUCUGUAUACAAUCACCUGAAGGCCUAAUUAUACCAAAGAGUAAAUAAUCAUACCAUACUGUCAGCUAUUUAUAGUGGAAGUGAAAAAUUCAAUCUGAAAACGACCUUUUACAGACAAUUCUACAUAAAUGGGAAUUAUUGUACUAACACUGAAAAAUAACUACAGAAUAACAUUUGUCUUUAUUGUUAUGUGAGAGUGUCUAAAUAUGAGAAUUCGUCACUUUGACCAGUUUAGAUGUAUUUUAUAGUCACAUUCCUUCUCUGUGUUGAAACUGUUAAUUGUUUAAUUUGAUUGCUGUUGAAUUUGUAUUCCAGUUUAGAGUAGGUUUUUAGAGUAACAUAAAUCCCACCGAUAAGUCUGUACUCAAGGCCAAGUCUGUACUCAAGGCCAAGUCUGUACUCAAGGCCAAGUCUGUACUCAAGGCCAAGUCUAGGCCAAGUCUGUACUCAAGGCCAAGUCUAGGCCAAGUCUGUACUCAAGGCCCGAGUCUGUACUGAAGGCCAAGUCUGUACUCAAGGCCAAGUGUGUACUCAAGGCCAAGUCUGUACUCAAGGCCAAGUGUGUACUCAAGGCCAAGUCUGUACUCAAGGCCAAGUCUAGGCCAAGUGUGUACUGAAGGCCAAGUCUGUACUCAAGGCCAAGUGUGUACUCAAGGCCAAGUGUGUACUCAAGGCCAAGUGUGUACUCAAGGCCAAGUCUAGGCCAAGUGUGUACUCAAGGCCAAGUGUGUACUCAAGGCCAAGUCUAGGCCAAGUGUGUACUCAAGGCCAAGUCUAGGCCAAGUGUGUACUCAAGGCCAAGUCUAGGCCAAGUGUGUACUCAAGGCCAAGUGUGUACUCAAGGCCAAGUCUGUACUCAAGGCCAAGUCUAGGCCAAGUGUGUACUCAAGGCCCGAGUCUGUACUGAAGGCCAAGUCUAGGCCAAGUGUGUACUCAAGGCCAAGUGUGUACUCAAGGCCAAGUGUGUACUCAAGGCCAAGUCUGUACUCAAGACCAAGUCUGUACUCAAGGCCAAGUCUAGGCCAAGUCUGUACUCAAGGCCAAGUCUACUCAAGGCCAAGUCUAGGCCAAGUGUGUACUCAAGGCCAAGUGUGUACUCAAGGCCAAGUCUAGGCCAAGUCUGUACUCAAGGCCAAGUCUGUACUCAAGGCCAGACAUACACCAUUCACACUUCAGAUCGUAACAAUGUCUGACAAAUAUCAACACAAAUAUAACCCUAGUCUUCAGACUUACCAUACAGUCUACAAGUUACAAAUAUCAACACAAAUGUAACCCUAGUCUUCAGACUUACCCUACAGUCUACAAUUUACAAAUAUCAACACAAAUAACCCUAGUCUUUAGGCUUACCAUGCAGUCUACAAGUUACAAAUAUCAACACAAAUAACCCUAGUCUUCAGGCUUACCAUACAGUCUACAAGUUACAAAUAUCAACACAAAUGCAACCCUAGUCUUCAGGCUUACCAUACAGUCUACAAGUUACAAAUAUCAACACAAAUGUAACCCUAGUCUUCAGGCUUACCAUACAGUCUACAAGUUACAAAUAUCAACACAAAUGUAACCCUAGUCUUCAGGCUUACCAUGCAGUCCACAAGUUACAAAUAUCAACACAAAUGUAACCCUAGUCUUCAGGCUUACCAUACAGUCUGCAAGUUAAGUUUGUACCAGUACAUAGAAAACUGGUCACAAUUAUCAAAUUGAGAUUUGGAUAGGUACUGUUGGAUGUCUUCUUCUAAAGAUGUAUCUUUAGUAAUGAAGUUGUCUGCCCUUGAGAGAGAUAUCUUUAGCACUGAAGUUGUGUGCCCUUGAGAGAGAUAUUUUUAGUAUCAAAGUUGUCUUCCCUUGAGAGAGAUAUCUUUAGUAAUGAAGUUGUCUUCCCUUGAGAGAGAAAUCUUUAGUAAUGAAGUUGUCUGCCCUUGAGAGAGAUAUCUUUAGUAUCAAAGUUGUCUUCCCUUGAGAGAGAUAUCUUUAGUAUCGAAGUUGUGUGCCCUUGAGAGAGAUAUCUUUAGUAUUAAAGCUGUGUCCCUUGAGAGAGAUAUCUUUAGUAAUGAAGUUGUCUGCCCUUGAGAGAGAUAUCUUUAGUAUCAAAUUUGUCUGCCCUUGGGAGAGAUAUCCUUAGUAUCGAAGUUGUCUGCCCUUGGGAGAGAUAUCUGUAGUAUCGAAGUUGUCUGCCCUUGAGAGAGAUAUCUUUAGUAAUGAAGUUGUCUGCCCUUGAGAGAGAUAUCUUUAGUAUCAAAGUUGUCUGCCCUUGGGAGAGAUAUCUUUAGUAUCGAAGUUGUGUGCCCUUGAGAGAUAUAUCUUUAGUAAUAAAAUUGUCUCCCUUGAUUUGGAUAUCUUAGUAUUAAAGCUGUGUCCCUUGAGAGAGAUAUAUUUAGUAUCAAAGUUGUCUUCCCUUGAGAGAGAUAUAUUUAGUAUCGAAGUUGUCUCCCUUAAUUUGGAUAUCUUAGUAUUAAAGCUGUGUCCCUUGAGAGAGAUAUAUUUAGGGGUAAGGCUGUCUCCCUUGAUUUGGAUAUCUUAGUAUUAAAGCUGUGUCCCUUGAGAGAGAUAUCUUAGUAUUCAAGCUGUGUCCCUCGAAAGAGAUAUAUUUAGGGGUAAGGCUGUCUCCUCUGAAGAGAGAAAUCUUAAGUGUCAAAGUUGUCUCACCUUGAGACAUAUCUUUAGUGAUAAAUUUAUCUCCCUAUUGAGAGACAUAUAUUGGAAAGUAUCUUUAGUAUUAAAGCUGUGUCCCUUGGAGAGGGAUAUCUUUAAUAGUAAAGUUGUCUCCCUUGAUUGAGAUAUCUUUAAUGGUAAAGUUGUCCACGUUUGAGAGAUGUUUUGAAUUAAUCAAAUAACUGAAGCUUGUGAGAUACGGUCUUGUAAUCCCUUUGGAGAUAUGUUUUCACCUUAUGACACACACAUAUAUAUAUAUAUAUAUAAAUUACAAUUUUCUGGGGAGAGAGAGAACUGCAAAUUAUACUUAAAGAAAUGUACAUCUUCAGAGCUUUAUUCGGGUAUUUUAUAGGAUUCUGGGUAAAACAGUGCCUGUCUGUUCCUUUGUGCCAAAAUGGCGACCACUCUAGUGUCCUUAGUGUCCUCUUCGUUUCACCAUCAGAGAAACUCCUAGUCAUCUUUUGCUUGAGAAGUUCUGUGUACUUACAAUAUCUGGCAGGGAAAUGUUGGAUUCAUAUGAAGGUCUCACGACGGCACUACUAUUUGAUGGCUUCUUGUCUAUUAACACAUUCAGCUCACAUCCACCCUAAUGUUAAAGAAGAGGCGGCUGAUGCUUUGUGUAAUCAUUCUCAUAUGUUACCUGUGUCAACCCUAACCAUAAUGGCGGCAAAGAGCCUACAUAAAAAUUCAGCAUCAACCAAACUUGCGUGGCUGUUUUUGCUCUUCUUCACUUAAGACAUGUUUCUCGACUGUUGGUGUAUGACCGAUGGUGCAAUUCUUCAUCUUCUUGAGGUUUCCAACAUGUUUCUUGACUGGCUUAGUGAUAAUGAUGUUAGGCUUUAUUUAAACUUGAUCACAUAUAGAACAACGACUGGUCUAUUAUUUUAUCACAUAUCGUACUAAUAUUUCAGUUUCCUGGCACAGCCUGCAGGUCAGUUGUGUCAAGGGCUCAGCUUCUGUGUUGGCCAUAUCAACCCUCGCCAUGUCCGCAUCGGCACGACUGACCCUCUCCACACUGAUUAAACCAAUUACUAAAUACAACACAUAUUAUAGCUAGAUCUUCUCGACUUCGUGUACGACCGCUGGGCACAUGAGUAUAUCUAGUAUUAUCGUUUUUCAAUCGGUCAUCCGACCGGUCAGCCAGACAGAGGCCUCUGAUUGGUCGAAAUAUUGUCAUAUUUUGAUUAAAUAUGGUAUAUAGGUAAAGUAUGACACUAGAAUUACAAACACCUGGGAUAUCGCCUGUUCUGUUCAAGACGGGCUGUGUAAUGGUUCCUGUUACAACUGAUACUUGUUUGAAGAUUCUUUUCUUCCUAUUUUUGUUAUUUUAUCCCUAUAGUGCCAAACUUAGAGGGGAUAGCUUACUACAGUAAACAAGGACCUGGUACAAAUAGGGCUUCCGUACAGUUCACGUUUAUGUACAGUAUGUACAGGGACUGUUAUAUGUAUAUAAUGUUACAGGCCUAAGACUCCUACAGAUUUGGGAAUUUGUUAAAAAGGGAGCAUCAGUGUAAAAUAUGUUUGAAUUAGCAUUUUAUUAAGUAUUGAAUUUAGAAUGUAAUAGGUUUAUUUUAAAAAUGCAUAUAUACGUUUAUCAUCAAUGUUAUUUUGAAUGCCCAGAUUUAAUCUCCUUAGAAUAAAAUAUGAUUUAUAAUAGAUCUUUUGUUUUAACUCUGAUCAAUAUGUAUAAGUCUGCUUUACAUGUUGUAAAAGCUGAAAGCGUCUUUACAAAACACUGAUGACGUGUGUAACGUACAUACGUUACGUGACGUAAUUUUGUGGCUUGAUGGUUAAUGGGUGACUUUCAAUCAAUUACUUUGAUUUUGUAUUAUUUUAUGGUUACCAUAAUAACCAGUUUAAAUUGUUCUAAGGUAAAUACUCUACCAUAACCAGCAUCAUCACGACCAAUAUUCCUCGUAUUUAUUAUGUAUAUUUAUUGUCGAUAUCUCUUUACAACUAAAAUAUCCUUGUGUUUUAAUCAAUAAAUUAUAACCCUGGCAUUUAAA